GUGCAGCCUCGACGCGUCUUUAAAAACAUCCUAAGCCUUCUCACACGGCGUUGGCUAGGGAAGAAAAAAGAGAGACCAUCCCUAGAGAGAAGAAAGAGAGAUAAAGAAAGAGAAAUAUGGCAAGAGCGGGUUUAUUAGGCGGUUGCCUUCCCUCAACGGCAGCGGCGACGACAAGUCUUCGGAAACAUCAAUCACCACCCAAAUCUCUGCCUUUAAAAGGGAUUUUCAACCAAAAAUCGGCGGUUCGGAUUCGCUGCUGUCUCUCUCCACCGAGUGGUUACCUUUUGCCCAGGGUGGGGAAGUUGCUAACUGUGGCGCCAUAUUAUCUGAGCGAUCAGGUUGUCAAGCUUUUUUGUGGCGACAAUUAUGGUGCGCGCUAUUUAGCUUUCGCCAUCGAUUUGGUCGAUAAACACCAGCGCCUUUAUAAGAAGCUUAAGCCUACCGUGGAUAAGUUUUUCCAACUGGAUUUAUCCAAUGACCCGAGCUACAUAGACGAUUGCAUAGAGAUAUUAUUGGGGAAUGAAGACUGUUGGAUAUGUACUCAUUCAAUGGUGUGUAUUAGGAGAAUCCAGCCUCAAAACUGGCAGAAGCUUUUGGAAGGUCUUAUGACUACAAGUUUGAUGAUAUUUGUGCCAGGAAAAACUCCAAGAACACUGUCAAAUGUACUAAGCUUUCGUUUAUAUUGUUUUUUGGUGAGAAGGCGCCGUGCCCAAAUGUCAAGACUCGUGAUGAUUUCAAAAAUUUAUUGUUACAGCUGCUUGGAACACAAAGUUAUGUUGUGACUAUGAGGGCAAUGUGUUACUCUUUCACGGGGGAUGCUGAAAUGGUGGAGACAGCUCUAAAUCAUC